AUCUUCUAUUGAGAAGUCCCAGAUCCUUGUGUGGAGCUCAGCCAACUACAAGGAUCUGGCGAGAGUCAGGCUAGAGCAGGCUGAGCAUGGAUCAGGAAACUUUUGAAAGUACAGAUUCUGGGGCCUCUUUAACUUACCCACUGCAAUGUUCCGCCCUGAGGAAGAACGGCAAUGUCAUGCUUAAAUCUCGUCCUUGCAAGAUCGUGGAAAUGUCUACUUCCAAAACUGGCAAGCACGGGCAUGCCAAGGUACACCUCGUCGGAAUUGAUCUUUUUACCGGCAAGAAGUAUGAAGACAUUUGUCCAUCAACGCAUAACAUGGAAGUCCCCAAUGUGAAAAGGACAGAAUACGAGGCAUUGUGUUUGACUGAUGGCUUUUUGCACCUGAUGGACGAGCUCGGGGAAGUGAGAGAGGACCUUGCACUUCCAAACAGCGAUUUGGGCAAAGAAAUUGAGACAAAAAUAUCUUCUGGAGUGGAAUUCUCUGUCACUGUGCUUAAGGCUUUGAACGAAGAAGCAAUAAUCUCCCUCAAGAAGUAAGUCCAGGAUCGAGCUGAAGACACCACAGAUCUGGAAGUGUGGACUGGAUCAGUGGGUUCUUUUAAAACCAUCCAAUUUGAAGUUCUCUACGUUUAAUUUCAACAUUGGCGUUUUAGAGAGUUUAUUAGAAAAGUAUGCUUUUGAAUAUCAGCCAGUGUUGACUUUCUUGGCUUGCAGUCGGAGGUAUCUUUUAUUUUUUAGGUUUUGGGUGGAGGGAGAGUACAAAAUACUUUUGGGGGUGGGUGUUUUAUUUUUAGAUUUUUUUUUUCUCCUUUUAAAUGUUUCAGUUUUAAACCUAAUGCCUUGUUUAUAUUAGCGUGACGUGCGCCUAAAACAAAUCUAACCUUAGCUUUUACGUGUGCCGCUUGUUGAGUGCGUAAAGGCCAUCUUUGCCCUUUCUGAUUCUGAAUCAGAGUUUGCAAAAAAAACUACUUCCAGCUGCAAUCACACUCCAUCUCUCAACAUGGUCGGAUGAAGGAAGCUAACAAGCUAAAUAGUCAUGUGUGUGCUCGCUCAAGAACACUGCCUGGUAAAGAACGUUGGUAGAAUCUCACUGGUGUACAUAAGCUAGCCUCUAAUGGAGAAUAUUAUUCCAUCUAAAUGGAGAUUGGAAAUUUGGCUAAACGUUUACACAUUGGGCGGCUUGGCUCAGAUGGUAGAGCGGCUGUCCAUAAACUUUAUGGUUCCUGGUGCGAAUCCGGCUUCCGUCAUCCUAGUCACUGCGGUUGUGUCCUUGGGCAAGGCACUUCACCCUCCUUUCUCCCAGUAGUGUAUGAAUGUGAAUGAAUGUUUGGUGGUGGUGGGAGAGGCCCUUGGCACAAAUUGGCAGCCAUGUUUCCGUCAUUGUACCUCAAUGUAGCUUACCAUCAUCAUUUGUUGUGUAUUAAAUGUGUAAAUGUGGACUGAAUGAAUGAAUGACAGGUUGUCAGUGUUGCGAGCUUUGAGUCACUAGAAUAGAAUGCUAUGUCAAUCUCAUCCAUUAUUAUUAUUAUAAUGUACACACCACAACAUACUGUAGGAGAAGAAUGUGUUGAUGCUUUUUCUUCUUGCUAACUGAUGGAUUUAUGAAAGCAUGAUCAUCCUUAUUCAACAGUAUUGUCAACGUGUGUACCACGCAUUGGUCUCUCGCCGUUGUGCUUCUGGCUAAGACGCUGUGGCAACCCGAUACCCACUUCAAGUCUCAAAGGAGACCUAGACAGCAUGGACCAGUUUUAUGCAAAUCUCAACAGGUUUGCUCACAGAAUCCUGCCUUAAAACAACAAACAGCCUUGUUUUUAUCCAAAGCCGAACACAUUCCAUGAGAACAAUGCUAAUGAUGAGGGCUUAACCUGCUAAUGAUGUGGUUGUAGAGCUCUUGUUAGGGCUUGUGACUGUCUAAACACUUUAUAUCACGGGUCUCACACUUCACAUUUGUCAUGUGACUACCAUGACCAUUGGUGUUAAUGACAUAUAUUACACUAAUACUGUUAACUAUAAACUUUAACUUUGAGCAACUAUUUACAAAAAGCAUGCUGGAAAGUUGUGUGUUUAGAGUUACUCUAGUUAUUAGUUCUGAUAGUAAUAGUUUCCCUGUUACAUGUUGUGCCUCGAGUAGGGGUUCCCAAAUUGCGGCCCGUAGCUCAUUUUUAAUCGCCCUGCGGCACAAUCGGUAACAUACCAUGAAUUGAUUAACGUGGACCCCGAUUUAGACAAGUGGAAAAACUUAUUGGGGUGUUACCAUUUAGUGGUCAAUUGUACGGAAUAUGUCCUGUACUGUGCAAUCUACUAAUAAAAGUUUCAAUCAAUCAAUUCUAAUCUUAACAUGCUAGCCUUUUUGCUGAUUUUACAGCUCUACACCUCAGCAUCAAAUAUUUUAUUACUUGACAAACUAUACCGGUUAGCAUGCUAUUGUUAGUAAAUAAGGUUGUUUUUUUUACCUAAUUUUGCAAGUAUUACACCUCCGUUAUAUUUUGGUACUUGAUUCACGUUAACGUUAGCCGACCAGCAUUUUAAACACAUUUUCAGGUACACACCUCAGAGUAAUAUAUUUUGGUACUUAACGCAUGUUACAGUUGGCAUUUUAGUACGCUAACAUUAGCAUGCUAGAUUUUUAUUUUUUUUCGAGUAAUUUAACAGGUAUAUAGUUUUUAUAUCACUAAUACUAACUGUAAGCAUGCUAUUCUUAGCAUAAAUAAAGUCUAUCCCACGGCCCGCCAGCGUCCGAAAUCCUAGCCGCUCAGGCAAUUCAUAUUGUCUAAAAAUGCAUGUGACAUCAUCGCGGAUUAUAUAUAUAUAUAUAUAUAUAUAUAUAUAUAUAUAUAUAUAUAUAUAUAUAUAUAUGCACACACA